GCCUCCAGACCGCUCAUCGACCGGCCCACGGAGCAUCGCCACCGCGAGGACCCAAGAUCCCGAGACCAGCAGGCUCCGACCACCGAUUCUGAGCCGCGGCAACGGCGGUGGGCGACAUGGAGGCCGCGGUGCCCAGCCGUAUCGCGCUCUCGGCGGCGAGCCGCCUCCCGAAGAAUCGCCACUCGGUGGCAGGAGAUAAAUCUUCUAUUUACAAGGGAAGGUGCCAAAGUCUUGCCAUUCCUAUGGCUCUGGUAGCAGCUGCACCAGGCAAAGGUGGUGGUGUGCUUGAUCGGCCAAUAGAAAAAAUUACUCCUAGUCGUGAGUCUGAAUUUGAUGUGAAGAAAAAACGCAAAAUGACGCCUCCAUAUCGUGUCAUCCUGCACAACGACAACUACAACAGACGCGAGUACGUCGUCCAGGUCCUGAUGAAAGUGAUCCCUGGGAUGACUGUCGACAACGCUGUGAAUAUCAUGCAAGAGGCGCACGUGAACGGGCUGUCGGUGGUGAUCAUCUGCUCCCAGUCCGAAGCCGAGGAGCACUGCACGUCGCUCAGGGGCAACGGCCUGCGAAGCUCGAUUGAGCCCGCGAGCGGUGGCUGCUGAAAAAAGGGGUGUUCCUGUUUUGCCGCGUAUAGUUUUGUAAAUACCCUGCGUAUCCAGAUAAGCUGAAAUGGGUUACAGGCAGUAAUCGAUACGAUGAAACUGAAUACCACUUGGGUAGGUGUAAAUCACGUAAGAGUCUUGUAGAACAAACAGAACUUUUUCAGUUAUGGUUUAUGAAACAUUAGUUACACUCAA